AUGAACACCUUCCCUGCCCUGUUCGUUGCUGCCACCUUUGCCGUGGUGUGCUGUCUGAACGGUUCCGUCCAAGCGACCGUCGUCGAAUCAUGCGGUGACACGCGCAGUCUGGUGCCGAUCGAGAACAACAUCGUCGAUAUUAGCAAUUGUGACAAGGGACCGUGCAAGUUGAAGCGACGCACGACCGUUAGCAUUAACCAAAAGUUCACUCCGACUGAAGACGUUAAGAGCCUUAGUACGACCGUGUUCGCAAAGAUCGUGGGACUACCAUUGCCGUUCAUUGGUGUCGAUGGUACCAGCGCCUGCCCGUAUCUGUUCGAGGAAGACGGCACAACCAAGGCCGAUUGUCCGCUGAAGGCUGGCGUGCCGGUCGUGUACAAGCGCAGCUUCGAUGUGCUCGAAAUCUACCCCAAAAUCCCCAGCAUGACCAUCCACUGGGAGCUGCAGACGAAGAGUGGCCGUUCGAUCACCUGCUUCGAGGUGCCGGCCAAAAUUGUGUAA